UCUAGGCAUUUGUUAAAAUGGUUAGCUUAAAUUUUUUUGUGACUGUGUCUUCUCUCUUCGCGGCGUCUGUAGUUCAAGCCGCUUUACCUCAAUCAGAAUACGGUCCGCAGCUUGAAGCAUUACAAAAAAAUGUUCGAGCGGCCUGUAUAUCCACAUCUGGUGUAGACGAAACUGCCAUCAGCAAUGUAGGAAAUGGGGUAUUUACUGAUGAACCCAAAAUAAAGCAUUACUUGACAUGUGUCCUAAAGGAAGGUAAACUGGUCAAUGAAAAGGGCGUCUUCAGCGAGAAAAACAUAGCUCAACUUUUCCCAGACAAAUAUAAGGAAGAAAGUUUGACAAAUAUAAAGAGUUGUAUUGUUAAAGUAAAUGAUAUUACAAACUUAGAGGAUAAGAUAUUUGCCUUAUUUAAAUGUUACUAUCACCAAAAUCCUGAUUUAUUUGUUUUCUUUUAAACUUGACAAUGGUAUCUAAACAGAAAACGUGGUAGGUAUACUAUUUCAAGCUUUAGAUUUUAUAAAUGUAAUAUAUUAAAUUUAUAAUGUAUACUUUUAAUAAUGUACGUAUUAAAAUAUAAAUAUA